GUCAGCUUCAUUACGGCCUUUGAGACUUCCGACAGGGAUUCUAAUCAUGUCUGAUAAAAGUGAACUGAAAGCAGAAUUGGAGCGCAAGAAGCAACGCUUGGCUCAAAUCCGAGAGGAGAAAAAGAGAAAAGAGGAAGAAAGAAAGAAAAAGGAAACGGAUCAGAAGAAAGAAGCUCUUCCUAUACAAGACGAAUCUGACCUUGAAAAGAAGAGAAGGGAAGCUGAAGCCUUGCUUCAAAGCAUGGGUUUAACCCCUGAGGCUCCAAUGGCUGUGCAACCUCUGCGACUAGUAACAGCGGAUACCUGUCUGUUUCACUAUUUAGUCCCUCCUCCAAUGUCUCCAUCCUCCAAAUCUGUGAGCACCCCAAGUGAGGCCGGAAGCCAAGAUUCCGGGGACGGUGCUGUUGGUUCUAGGACGCUGCAUUGGGAUACUGAUCCAUCUGUUCUUCAGCUGCAUUCUGAUUCCGAUCUGGGACGUGGGCCCAUUAAACUGGCAAUGUCAAAAAUUACGCAAGUUGACUUUCCCCCUCGAGAAACGGUCACAUAUACAAAGGAGACCCAGACACCAGUUGUGACUCAACCAAAGGAAGAUGAGGAAGAUGAAGAGGAUGCAGUGGUACAAAAACCACCAGUCGAACCUGAAGAAGAAAAAACGUUGAAAAAAGAGGAGGAGGAGGAAGCUGCCCCUCAUGAGCUGACAGAAGAAGAAAAACAACAAAUUUUGCAUUCUGAGGAAUUUUUGAGCUUCUUUGACCAAUCUACUAGGAUUGUAGAAAGAGCUCUCUCUGAGCAAAUUAACAUUUUCUUUGACUACAGUGGGCGAGACUUGGAAGAGAAAGAGGGGGAAAUUCAGGCAGGUGCUAAGCUCUCCUUAAACAGGCAGUUUUUUGACGAACGCUGGUCAAAGCAUCGGGUUGUGAGUUGCUUGGACUGGUCAUCUCAGUACCCAGAGUUGCUGGUUGCCUCCUAUAACAACAACGAAGAUGCUCCUCAUGAGCCUGAUGGGGUGGCCCUGGUGUGGAAUAUGAAAUACAAAAAAACAACUCCGGAGUACGUCUUCCACUGCCAGUCGGCUGUGAUGUCCGCUACAUUUGCAAAAUUUCAUCCCAAUUUGGUGGUCGGUGGCACAUAUUCGGGGCAGAUUGUGCUGUGGGAUAACCGCAGCAGUAAGCGAACUCCGGUUCAGAGAACUCCCCUUUCAGCUGCUGCUCACACGCAUCCUGUGUACUGUGUGAAUGUGGUUGGGACGCAGAAUGCUCAUAACCUCAUCAGCAUUUCAACUGACGGAAAGAUCUGCUCAUGGAGCCUGGACAUGCUCUCACAGCCUCAGGAUAGCAUGGAGCUAGUCCAUAAGCAAUCCAAAGCUGUGGCGGUCACUUGUAUGUCUUUCCCUGUUGGAGAUGUCAAUAACUUUGUUGUUGGAAGUGAGGAAGGCUCUGUGUACACAGCAUGUCGUCAUGGCAGUAAAGCCGGGAUCAGUGAGAUGUUUGAAGGUCACCAGGGACCGAUUACAGGCAUCCAUUGCCAUGCUGCUGUUGGACCUGUGGAUUUCUCUCAUCUUUUUGUCACUUCUUCUUUUGACUGGACUGUAAAGCUUUGGACGACUAAGAACAACAAGCCCCUGUAUUCAUUUGAAGACAACUCAGACUAUGUUUAUGAUGUGAUGUGGUCUCCCACCCACCCUGCCCUCUUUGCUUGCGUAGAUGGAAUGGGCAGGCUGGACCUGUGGAAUCUCAACAAUGAUACAGAGGUGCCAACAGCGAGCAUCGUUGUGGAAGGGAAUCCUGCUCUGAAUCGUGUGAGAUGGACCAAUUCUGGACGUGAAAUUGCUGUUGGAGAUUCUGAUGGUCAAAUAGUGAUUUACGAUGUGGGAGAGCAAAUUGCUGUUCCCCGAAAUGAUGAAUGGACGCGUUUUGGCCGAACAUUAGCAGAAAUUAAUGCCAACCGAGCUGAUGCAGAAGAGGAGGCAGCAACUCGCAUUCCUUCCUAGAUAGGACCUAGUAGUGAAUUGGGGAGUGGGUAAGAGAGGGCUUCAGAGUAGUAGCAUGCGUUAGCCUACAGAGGAAAGAGAAUAU